AUAAAGGCGUGUGGCUCGGGCUGAGCGGCAGGGACCUUGAGGGCGGCCAGGCCAGCAUCGGAGCCAGCUGGGAGUGGGGAGCAGGGGGAAGCGACACCGAGAAACGAGCGCGCCAGAGAGGGCGAAAGGGGCUCAGGAAGCCGGACACAUCCUUCGCGCACAGCCGCCGACUGGCUGCUCCCAGCCGGUGCCAGCCCCCGGGAACGCGCGACCAGACACCCAGUCCCGCCACCGCCGGGGACAGCGCGCCACUCGCCGCAGCGAGGCCCGGGGCGGCCUCGCAGGGACCCUCCCCGGACCGCCUGGGCCGCCCGGAUGUGCACUAAAAUGGAACAGCCCUUCUACCACGACGACUCAUACCCAGCGGCGGGAUACGGCCGGGCCCCUGGCGGCCUCUCUCUACACGACUACAAACUCCUGAAACCGAGCCUGGCGCUCAACCUGGCCGACCCCUACCGGAGUCUCAAGGCGCCCGGGGCGCGGGGCCCCGGCCCGGAGGGCACCGGUGGCAGCAGCUACUUUUCCGGUCAGGGCUCGGACACCGGCGCGUCUCUCAAGCUCGCCUCCUCGGAGCUGGAGCGCCUGAUCGUCCCCAACAGCAACGGCGUGAUCACCACGACGCCCACACCCCCGGGACAGUACUUUUACCCUCGCGGGGGCGGCAGCGGCGGAGGCGCAGGGGGCGCAGGGGGCGGCGUCACCGAGGAGCAGGAGGGCUUUGCUGACGGCUUUGUCAAAGCCCUGGACGACCUGCACAAGAUGAACCACGUGACACCCCCCAACGUGUCCCUGGGCGCCAGCGGGGGACCCCCGGCCGGGCCCGGGGGCGUCUACGCCGGCCCGGAGCCGCCUCCCGUCUACACCAACCUCAGCAGCUACUCCUCAGCCUCUGCGUCCUCCGGAGGCGCCGGAGCUGCCGUCGGGACCGGGAGCUCGUACCCGACGGCCACCAUCAGCUACCUCCCGCACGCACCGCCCUUCGCCGGCGGCCACCCGGCGCAGCUGGGCUUGGGCCGCAGCGCCUCCGCCUUCAAGGAGGAACCGCAGACGGUGCCAGAGGCGCGCAGUCGCGACGCCACGCCGCCCGUGUCCCCCAUCAACAUGGAAGACCAGGAGCGCAUCAAAGUGGAGCGCAAGCGGCUGCGGAACCGGCUGGCGGCCACUAAGUGCCGGAAGCGGAAGCUGGAGCGCAUCGCGCGCCUGGAGGACAAGGUGAAGACGCUCAAGGCCGAGAACGCCGGGCUGUCGAGUACUGCCGGCCUCCUCCGGGAGCAGGUGGCCCAGCUCAAACAGAAGGUCAUGACCCACGUCAGCAACGGCUGCCAGCUGCUGCUCGCGGUCAAGGGACAUGCCUUCUGAGCGCCUACCCCCGCCCUGACGGACACCCCCAGCCUGGACGGCUGGGCGCACGCCUCCCACUGGGGGCGAGGGGGCAGGCGGCGGGCACCCGCCCCGGGGCCUGGGGGCGCCGCAAACCACACUGGACUCCGGCCCGUCCGCUCUGCGCCCAGUCCUUCCACCUCGACGUUUACAAGUCCCCCGUCCCACGUUUUUUUGUAUGUUUUUUUUUUUUUUCUGCUGGAAACAGACUAGAUUCAUAUUGAAUAUAAUAUAUUUGUGUAUUUAACAGGGAGAGGAGGAGGGGGCGAUCGCGGCGGAGCUGGCCCCGCCGCCCUGGUACUCAAGCCCGCGGGGACAUUGGGGAGGGGACCCCCGCCCCCUGCCCUCCCCCUCUGCACCGUACUGUGGAGAAGAAACACGCACUUGGUCUCUAAAGAGUUUAUUUUAAGAUGUGUUUGUGUGUGUGUGUGUGUUUGUUGUUCUGACUUUUUAUUGAAUCUAUUUAAGUAAAAAAAAAAAAAUGGUUCUUUAUUAA